GUGGAACUGACGUUCUCAGGAUCAACAUCGCUUGCCCACCUUCACUCAACAUGAACAAGCUAUUGAUGAUCCUGCUCUUGGGCCUGGUUGCGGUGGCCUUGGCGAUCCCGCGACCUGACUUUGACGACGACGAUGACGACGACGACGACGAUUUCUUCCGGUUUGGUCACAACAGUCUCCGCCGUGACCAUUUCCGACCGUCGUUCCGGUCUAACUCGUUCCGUCGAUCUCAUGCUUUCCAGCCUUCGUUCAGACCGCAGCAGCCAGCAUUCAACACCUUCAGUCCGUUCCCUCGGUUCCAGAUACAUCGCCGUUCUUUCCCAGCGCUGCACAACUUCAGAAAUUUUAGAUUUGGCGACGACGAUGAUUACUUCGAUGACUAAGGCGGGUGCCCCCUUCGAGCCGCCUAAGGAGGUUGGCACUCUUGCUUUGAGUGAGAAUCAUACAGAUGCUCAUUUAAGAAGCGAGCAAAAUGAGAUCAAUGCAAAGAAACGAAUAAAAAACAUUAUAGACUUCAACCCAAAUCCCAAUCUCUUGUCUAAAAAAGCAGUACAAACUAGAAAAAUGAAAAUGAUGGAAAAAGAGCCCCGGCAUUUCAGAUACAAUAAUUUUGAUACAAAAUUUAAAGUUUACCACGAAAACAACAUUGCUUCAAGUUCAACCUUGGUGAAAACCUACGUCAAGCCUUCAGGAGUUAAUCCUAGCACAGCGCUUUCUUCUUCCGGAAUUAGCCGAGACGUCUUCCAAAGAAAUAGAAAUGAAAUGGAAAGAAGUAAAAACACUACCAAAGACUCCACAAUUCCAACGCGAGAACUCGGUAGUCGGCAGAAGCAGCUGCUCGGAACCGAGGAUGGACGCUCUCAAUUCAGUAAUCGAAAUCAAGAGGAGCCAACUACAACCAGGAAGCCAUUGUGGCGUUCAUGGAAGAAGACGGGUGCCAUCAAACCAACUAAAUGGAAACAAAAUAAAACGGCAAAGAAAACGCGUGCUCAGAAACAGGGAGGCACUGUGAGGAAGGUGCUAAAAGGUAGAAGGAAAUUAACUUCUGCUGAAUCUCAAAGACAUUUUUAAAUUGACGUUAAAAUUAGUGGAGAUGUUUUGAGAGCUAGGCCUAUUUAUUAUGGCAGUCGUGACUGUCUUCAAGUAGUUUUAACGUUCGAUUAAAUGUAAAAAAACUUUCAGAUUGUGAAAAUUGCGGAAAUAUUAGUAAUGUUUACUAAUAAAUGUAAAUACCGGUUCAUAAAAUUGAGAUGAGUUUGA